AUGAUCAGGAGGAUCGAUGCGGUAAGUGCUCGUAAGAUCAGCGCCGGGCAAGUCAUCACCGACUUAGCGAGUGUGUUGAAAGAGCUACUUGAGAAUAGUCUUGACGCGGACGCGCGGACGGUUACGAUCCGACUUCACAAUUAUGGAUUGAGCAAGAUUGUCGUCGAGGAUGAUGGGCACGGUAUCCCUAUGGCUGGGGUUCUUGACGAGUCUAACGCGCGUGGGGUAGUGGAUGGGGCGGAAACACCAUUGUUAAUAAGCCGAGCAACCACCAAACUGAAGACGGUCCAAGGGGCCGGCCUGGCGGUUGUGGAAGAUCCGGAGGAGCCCGGAGGCCCUCCCUCCCUCGGAUUCCGAGGUGAGGCGUUGCACUCGUUGGCACAGGUCAGCGAUAUCACAAUUGAAACAAUGCACCACAGCCACGCCCCUCGCGCCGUCCGAGUUGAAUACGACAAUAAGAUGCACCAGGUCCGCCUGGGGCUGUCGAGAACGCCCGAAUCCCUCGGCACCAUCGUGACAGUCGAGAGUUUAUUUAAGCCCCUCCCGGUGCGGCACAGGGAAUUCAGCCGAAACUGCCGCAAGCAGCUCCUGCGGGCCGUCCACCUGCUCAAGCAGUAUGCCGUCUCGCACCCGAAGCUGCGGCUCGUUGUGACGCACCAGGAGAGUGUUGAGAGCGCCCUGGUAACGCUGAUUUCGCUCACCGGAUCUAACGACCUCCUGCGCAGCGUGUCAGAGGCUUACGGCGGGAUGUGCUCGUUACGCAUGGUGCACGUCCAUUGGACUUGCUCCUUUGGAAGUUUUGACGGGUUCGUGGCAAAAGUCGGAUCUGGAGGGCGAAUGAGCCCGGAUCAUCAAAUUUUUUCCCUUGACAACCGUCCGGUUGAUUUGCCCCGCCUUGCGAAAACAAUUAAUGAUUGUUUCACGCAAUGCCUCCCGAACUCCUCACAGAAACUUUCGGUUGAAUUUUUCCUACAAAUCACAAUGAAGGAUAACCACAAGUAUGACGUGAAUCUAGCACCUAACAAACGCAAAGUGGUCUUGGUUGAUGAGGAUAAAAUGGCCGAUGAGGUGCGUGACAUAGCCCUCAAUGAGUUCCGUACCGCCUCCGAAGGUAUUGAGAUCAGUCGCGAGGCGAGGAUCGCACGCACCCAUGCGGCUCAUCUUCAAGCUGCCAGCUCCACGAGACAAGUCCUUACACCAGUUUCCUCCACUUCUUUUACUGAGUACAUAUUCAACAAGAGUGCUUCACCUCACGAGACGGUGCCUCAUGGUGAGUUCAGUGCUUGUGCGGAGUUUAGCAAGCUUGGACCUUUUUUAUAUUCUAACGCGGCCGACGUGGAUUCCUUGGAACUACAAACAACAACAGCUAACGCUUUGGACCGAGUUAGCUCGAUUUCGUUUGUCUCCGAUGAGGACAUAGAGGAAAAGAAUAGCACUCCCGAUGUAAGUUGUAGUCCUUCCUUGAGUAUUGGGAAAGACACUGCCGUGGGGGAGGAUGUGAUGCAUCCUCAAAGUAGCGUAUCAGAGCGAAUGGAAGCAGACGAACUGCAGCCCAUAUCCAAAUGCAGACGAGUUGAGGGGGAAGGAUUAACCGACUCGUCGGAGAGCGAUGAGUGUAUAAUUCUCUCAGACAAUGUGAACCAAGCACGUGAAAGGGGACCGACCACCAUUUCCGUGGCCUUUCCCUCGUGGGAAAACUUGUCCAGAGGAAAUUUGAGGCCCCGAAUUUCAAAAACACCCCACGAAAAUGUGCAUUCACACACAAGCGUCUGUAGGACUCGACAUAAGUCCUUUUCCAACUUCCAACAGCAAACGUCGGAGGAACUGGAAUUUUUUUUCCAUAAGGUAUCCUUCAGAGAAAUGCAAAUAAUUGGGCAAUUUAAUCAUGGCUUUAUUAUGACCACGCUCGGAAGUGACCUCUUUGUGAUUGAUCAACAUGCAUCUGAUGAAAAGUAUAACUAUGAGCGGCUCAUGAGAGCAUACGUGGCUAAGCCACAGCCACUCGUGGUACCAGUGCCAGUGCCGAUGGAUGCGGAGGAGGUGGAACUGGCUUUGGAGCAUGGUAAUGACCUAAAACUGCACGGAUUUCAAGUCAAGCGAGGAGAUUGCGCGACGAAGCUUCUCGUCUGCUCUAUUCCUGUUCUCCCUUACGAUGUCGUGAGCGCGGCUGAUGUCCUCGAACUUAUUCAACAGCUGGUACGCUACGGCUCCAUUAAGCAACCUCUUCGUGCUGUGUGGCACUCUAUGGCGACGAAGGCGUGCCGCAGCAGCAUAAUGAUUGGCGCCGCACUGUCUGAAUCCACGAUGCGCACUAUCGUGAACAGGUUGAGCGAAAUCGAGCAACCAUGGGCAUGCCCACACGGACGACCGACACUGCGGCACUUGUGCAACAUCCAAAACCUUAGGAAUUCAACAUAA